AUGGACUUACCAAAUAAACGAGCACAAAAAAAGAUCAAACAUUUGACACAUCAUGAACAAAAGAUACAACUUGAAAUUCGGAAAGAGCAUACAUUAUUACCACCUUUACCUUUUCCACCAACGAUUCAAAUAGAAGACCUUGUUGCAAAACUUACAUCAAAGACAUCUAAACCAAAGUUAGCAAGAUUUCCGAAUGCUUUUAUCAUAUAUAGAAGUGAAUAUGUUCAAUUUUUGAAAGAUAAAGGACUUAAUUUUCCAAUGACAAUGUUAUCGGCGAUGACUUCAUCAGCUUGGAAACAAGAACCAACAUGUGUAAAAGAUGCCUACACAUUAAUUUCGAAUGAAGCCGAAAAGUUGUACAAACAAUCACUUGAAGUAGCUCGAAUGUUAAACCAAGGGAAUUUACCGAACCAAUGUAAAAUUUAUAGCACACCUAAGUAUUAUUCGGAGCCAAGAAUCAGCAAUGAACGCGAAUUUUAUAGCAAUGGAUAUUCUAUGGUAAUUCCAGAAAUUCCUAAAUAUGAUGCAAUUUAUUUAAAAUCGCAAGAUGAAGAAUUCAUAAAAAAAGAGCAAUUCAAUAACGAUGGAUGGCAUUUAAGCAAUAAUUUAAGCAAUAGUUUCGAAGCACUCAACUCUCCAAGACUCGAAGAGUUAUCACACGACAAAAUAGUCACGCAAAGAACAGUUUCUUUCACAGGAAAUAAAAACGAUGACCUUUUUGAUAUUACUACGGACAUUUUUUGUGAAAUCGAUUCUGCCUUGUCUUACAGGCAAAACACAAAUAUUUUUGAUAUUUGA